ACUUUUUAAUUAAUAAGUUAUAAUAACGAGUACGAUGUUUGUGAGAAUUGGUUAACGAUGUCGUAUUUUAUUAUUAUCAAGUGUUUAAAUGGCGACUGUGUUUCAAGGACGAUAUUAUCAUAACAUAUUUAAUAAUUUGUGUGAAUUCGCCAAUAUGUGAAUAUAAUUGUCUUCGCUACCGACCUAUUGAUAUUAAUUCUGAAGUUCAGUAUCAAAAUGCAGUUAUUUAUCGUUGCCGCCGCGUUCCUGGCCGUCAGUUACGCCAAACCUGUGUUUAUAUACACCCAGCCGCUGCAUCCCGUUGGGGUGGAGUAUGCGCCCACGGCUGUGCCGCAGGUGCAACCCCACCCUGCCGUGGAACUAAACGCAGCCAGCGAAGCCCUACUCCCACGGGAGUUGUUGAAGUCCAACGCAUUUUAUGAUAAUCCGUCCAUCGCCGCCGGCCUCGCCAAGGAGUCCUGGUUUACAAAUAAGGAAAUGCAAGUUGUCGAACGUGAAGCUGAGAAGAUUCCCCGCGAGAAGAUCUACAACAUUGUCAAGAGCGCCGGGUUCUUGGAUCAGCAUUAAUGAUAUUACGACUCUGCCUAAUAGAUUCGAAAUCUUAGACAUUUAUAACCGAGCCGUUCUGUAAAUAUUUGCACUCACCUAUCAUAAGUUCAAUUGUCACCUUGUAAAGUAUAAUCGUAUAAGUAGGUAACUAUUUAUUUUUAAUUAACUAUCUUGUGGAUCUAAGUCACUCACUUUCAUACUUUUAUUUUAUUACAGCAACGUUAUACUGACUUUAUUUGUAGAAUAAUAUCUCUCUCUUUGUUCUCGACUUUUACUAGGUUUGACUAUUCCUAGUAUUACCAUGAAAAAAGGAUGGAAUAGUAAGUUUUUAUUUGUAAGGCGGUUAUUGUUUCAAUUAAGUUUAGAGUAAGUAUUUGACAAAUAGAUUUAAUUAUAUUUAUAAAUGCAGACAAGUAGCUAUGUAAAUAUGUUGGUAUUUAAUGUAGAUUUGAAUAGUAAACCGGUUUAUUAAUGUAUCUGAAAAUAUUUAUAAUUUAUGCGCAAGUAAGUAUGUUCUUAGUUAUUAUAAUACUGUGAAAACUGUGAUCUCGAGCAAUAAGUACGCUGUCGUAAGUUAUUGUUCCGCCAUUAUAAUGGUUGUGGUUUAAUAAAACCUUUGUGUUGAUA